CGCACUAAAGACGACAUCAAGCCAGGUGACAUCGAGCAAGGUGACAUCAAGCCAAAAAUUAUAUCGUCUUCGGUGGAACAUAAAUAGACCGACGAGUAAGCAUACCAGAAGCACAAAAUUUGCAAGAGCGUAACAAGAAACUGAACGACUAUGUCGGAAAACUUGAACACAACGAUGAAUGAAACACAGCCAUCGAGCUGCUUCAAUCCUACAGCAGAAAAAAUCGGAAAAACCUUUGCUUACUGCCUGUUUUUUCUCGUUUCGUUGAUUGGGAACACAGUCAUCGGAAUAAUUGUCUACAAGACGAAAACCAUGAGAAAACCCAUCAACUUUUUCAUUGUAAACAUGGCCAUGUCUGAUCUACUGUAUCCGAUUUUUGCAAUCCCUCACCAUACACGAAUGUUCUAUAUAGACUCCUGGCUAAUCGGUGGUCCUCUUGGCCAGGCCUUAUGUAAGCUGGUAUUCUUCUUAACAGAUACCUCCGCUCUUGUGUCUAUUCAGAGCCUGGUUCUAGUAACCGUGGAUCGAUUUGGAGCUGUGGUAUUUCCCCUCCGUUACCCACUCAUCAGUUCAAAGCUGUGCCCGUUCUUCAUUCUCGCCACUUGGAUCGUCGCGAUGGCUGUACUCUCCCCAUAUCUCUUCGCCUUGAAAACCUUUGAAUAUCGAGGAGGGUUGGGGUGUCGGAUGCAUUGGAACGAAGUAUUUGGAGAGUCUUCGUCUUUUAAAAACUACUUCGCGGCAAUUUUGGUUGUAUUCCUUUGUUUCCCGUUGGUGAUGAUAGCCAUACUAUACAUCAUCAUCUAUUGCAAGCUCAAGUCGCAGAAGAUUCCUGGCGAGCAAUCGGCCCACGCUGAAGCUGAGCAACGUCGGCAAGGGAAACGAAAUGUGUUAAAGAUGGCCAUUGCUAUAGUGGCAGGGUUUGGAAUUUGCUGGUUGCCCCUUAUUAUCAGGUAUUUUCUCGACUUCUUUGCAUCGGAUAUGAUUAGAUCUUGUGGAUUCCAAUAUUUUUCCUCCGUUGCUUUUUUAAUGGUCAACACAAAUUGUGCCAUGAAUCCUUGUAUCUGUUUUAUUUUCAAUAGGAAUUAUCGCGAAAGACUAAAAACUCUACUUAGAUAGUUGACUUUUGAACAGUGCAGUAGCUGAUGUUA